AUGAGUGAUCCAGAACCCUGCAGAAUUAAACAGGAAGAGACUGAAGAACUAAUAGAUGUGAAGGUGAAGGAGGAGAGUGAAGAACUGAGUGAAGAUGAGGAGAAACAUCAUGUCAAGAGUAAAGAAGAAACUCAGUCAGAGACUGAAGAUAGUCUUUCAGUGGAAAGAACAGCUGUGAAAGGUUUGACCCGCACUCAGUGUGGAAAAAGUUUCAGCCAACAGACUCUCAAGCUUGACAUGAUGAGCCCCACUGGAGAGAGAUCUUACUCAUGUGAUCAAUGCAGCAAAACAUUUUUGUGGCCUUCAGAUCUAAAGAAACAUCUCAGAGAUCAUACAACAGAAAAGCCUUAUUCAUGUUCCGAGUGUGGAAAGAGUUUCAGACUGGCUAGUUUCCUUAAAUAUCACAAAAUGACUCACACUGGGGAAAAACCGUUCACAUGUACUCAGUGUGGGAAGAGUUUCACACAAUCAUCAAACCUUAAUGAACACAUGAAGAUCCACACUGGAGAGAAAACACACAGAUGUGAUCAAUGCAGCAAGACAUUUUUGAGGACUUCACAGCUGAACAGACAUCUUAGAGUUCAUGCAAACGAGAGGCCGUAUUCAUGUUCUGAGUGUGGGAAGAGUUUUACACAGAAGUCACAUUUAAAUGGCCAUCAGAAGAUCCACACUGGUGUGAGAGAGUUUGCCUGCUCUGACUGUGGGAAGAGUUUUAUGAAAGCUGCAGGCUUGAGACGACACCAGAUUAUUCACACUGGAAAGAAACCGUACAAGUGUUCACACUGCGACAAGAGGUUCAAUAAUCCAGGAAACCUGACAAAACACAUGCUGAUCCACACCAGUGAGAGAACACACACAUGUGAUCAGUGCAGCAAAACAUUUUUGAGGCCUUCAGAGCUGAAGAUCCAUCUUACAGUCCAUACAAAGGAGAAGCCUUAUUCAUGCUCAGAGUGUGGAAAGAGUUUUACACGACAGUCAAGUUUAAAAGACCAUCAGCAGAUCCACACUGGUGUGAGAGGGUUUGUCUGCUUUAAGUGUGGGAGGAGUUUUAUUACAGUUAGAGCCUUGAAAAUGCACCAGAAGAUUCACAAUGGAGAAAAACAGAAUGUGUGUUCACUCUGCAACAAAACAUUCAGACAUUCAGGAUACCUGAAAGCACAUGAGAGGACUCACACUGGAGAGAAACCGUUCACAUGUUCUCAGUGUGGGAAGAGUUUCACAUGGUCAUCAACCCUUAAUGAACACAAGCUGAUCCACACUGGAGUGAAAAAACACAAAUGUGAUCAGUGCAGCAAAAGGUUUUUGAGGACUUCAGAGCUAAAGAGACAUCUUAGACUUCAUACACAGGUGAAGCCUUAUUCCUAAUCUUUUAGAGAGUUUUACACCUCAGUGAUUCAUUCAGUGAUGCUAAUCUGUUGUGAUUGGUCAACUGCAUUCAACUUGAGACUGGUAGGAAACACCCACCACAGCUUAUCAAUAGUGAGAGACGGCACGUGUGAGCAGUGUGUGUGGUUUUAAAUGGCUGCUGACGAGAGCGGCUGCUUCUUCACGUACAAAUACAGACAUUUGAUUUCAUUUAGAGUAAAAACUAAAAUAUUGCUCUGA